ACUUCCGGACACCCCUGGGCGUCACCAUGACAAUCUGCGGCACGUGACCGAGAGCCAGCAGCGACCCCCGCGCGCCGCGAGCGCAGGCAUGGACGAUGGCUUCCUCAUGGAGGUGUGUGUGGACUCGGUGGAGUCCGCCGUGAACGCGGAGCGCGGAGGUGCCGGCCGGAUCGAGCUGUGCGCGGGCCUCGUGGAAGGAGGGACCACCCCCAGCAUGGGGCUGCUGCAGGUGGUGAAGCAAUGUGUGCGAGUCCCUGUGUUUGUGAUGAUCCGACCUCGCGGGGGUGAUUUUCUCUACUCGGACCGUGAGGUGGAAGUGAUGAAAGCUGAUAUUCGCCUGGCCAAGCUGCAUGGGGCCGAUGGGCUGGUAUUUGGGGCUCUCACGGAGGAUGGGCGCAUUGAUACAGAGCUCUGCACAGCCUUGCUGGCUGUUUGCCGUCCUCUGCCAGUCACCUUUCAUCGAGCCUUCGACAUGGUUCAUGACCCCCUGGUAGCACUGGAGACCCUGAUUUCUCUGGGGUUUGAGCGGGUGCUGACCAGUGGCUGUGACAGCUCUGCGCUGGAGGGCUUGUCCUUAAUUAAGAGACUUACUGAGCAGGCGAAGGGCAGGAUCGUGGUAGUGCCAGGGGGUGGCAUCACGGAGCGCAACCUGCAGAGGAUUCUGGAAGGCUCCAGUGCUUCUGAGUUUCACUGCUCUGCUCGUUCAGUCCGGGACUCAGGGAUGAAGUUCAGAAAUCUGAACGUUGCCAUGGGAGCGUCCUUCUCUGCCCCUGAAUACUCCAUAAAGGUGGCAGAUGUGGCCAAAGUGAGGACCCUGAACGCAAUUGCAAAGAACAUUCUGUAGGGGAAGGCACCAUGCUGGGACAAGAGCACUGAGAUUCCAGAGUCUUCCCUGCUAUAUGGACAGAUGGGUACUGCUUCCAUCCUCAGGCUGUGGAGGACAUCAACUAGGUGACGAAGCCUGACAUCUCUUCCCUUGGCUUUCCCUGAAUGAUCAGUCCCUGGCCUGGAGACUUAAGUUGGCCAUUUUAUUCAAAGGACUCAUUCCUGGAUGUUGUGGCAACAAGCUAUUCAGCAGCAUUUGGGGAGGAAGGGAGCUGAGCAACAAGGGGGACUGGACUGUUUAGCACUGCAUGUGAUUGUCAAAUAAACACUGCAGCAGCUGCUCCCUC